GAACCACGCAGGAGAAGGUAAAACAAACAACAAUGAAGAUCCCAACACUGUUCCUGGUCGCCAUACUGGUCAUUGCAGUGGGAUCCCAACACAUGGCCAAAAAGUCUGCUGAUGACCACAAAAGGUCAAAAAGGGCAGUUCCCGCAUUUCUAGUAGCGGCAGCGAAAGAAAUAGGAGGAAAGGUCGUGAGCAAGCUUGGCGACAGGAUCGCGAACGGUGUAGUGGAGAACCACCAGGAGAAGGUGGUGAGCGGUCUGCAGAGUUACCUGGGGAAACAGAUGGACAAGUUCGACGAUGAGUACAAAGACCUGCUGAAGGACACCAGUGGGCUGGCAGCGGGUUUGAACCGACCGGUGGAGGAGGUUGGAUAUUUUUAA